AUGCCAGAGCUGGGGAAGUUGAACAAAGCUGUGGAAGAUGUCAUGAGCGCCUGUUUUUCAGGCACUCUGGACCAGCUGAAGGACAAAGUGCAGGCUCUGCUGAGAGUUGAUGCCGGAGGUGACUCAAAUGUCAUAGAAAAGACAAAGAACGCCAAGGAUUAUUUAACGUCUCUGGAAUUAUCGGCUCUGGAGUCUAUUCGUGACUCUCAGAAACAUUCAGUGGCCCAUAUAGCAGCGGCUGGCGGUAAUGUUGAGAUUUUGCAAACUCUUUUGACCGCGUCUCCAAGCUUCGCUCAUAUUGAGGACGAAAAUGGAGAGAAUCCGCUCUUUUAUGCCAUUAGAGCCGCCGAAAGUUGGAAGGGAGAUCACGGCGCUUCCAAAGAUUUGUCAAAGUCAGACAGGAUGGCCUGUCUACUGCUUCUAAUCGCACACUCUGGACCAAAUUCAAUGAGUAAACGCGGAGCUAGUGCUCUGCAUAUCGCAUCAGAACUUGGAGACUCUUCCAUAUGCAAAAUUUUACUGGAAAAUCAAGCAGAUGUAAGUUUAUCUGUGAGCGCAUUCAACUGUAGACCAUGUGAUAUAACUGAGGUACUAGCAUCUGCGAUUUUACACUGGUAG